UAAUAUGGCCAAAACAAUCUGGCAACGCUGUGCAGCAACAACGGCAGUGUGCUUCCUAGUGCCAAUGAAGUAGGUGGCAGCGGUGUGCUGCGCUGCCCGGCUCUAUGGAUCACAGGUGUAGGAAGCGGGUCAGGGACGCCAAGAAGAAGGCUCGCCCAGAACUUUGUGUAGAAAAAGGAGUGUGGACAAAGCUGGACUACAAGAACAAGUUUGACUGCAGUAUAGAUAAAGUUAAAGACACAGCCGAGCGCAUCCAUGUUGAUGAAGUAUCAGUUGAGGAGUUCAUUGAGCGCUAUGAGAAGACCUACAAGCCUGUUGUUGUCCGGGGCAUUACUGAUGCCUGGAAGGCCCAGUACAAGUGGACUCUGGAGAGACUUGCCAAGAAGUACAGAAACCAGAAGUUCAAAUGUGGAGAAGACAAUGAAGGCUUUAGUGUUAAGAUGAAAAUGAAGUAUUAUAUCCAAUAUAUGAAGGCAACUGAUGAUGAUAGUCCAUUAUACAUUUUUGAUAGUAGUUUUGCUGAUCAUGUUCGACGAAAGAAACUCUUAGAAGAUUAUGAAGUGCCCAAGUAUUUUCGUGAUGACUUGUUUAAGUAUGCCGGGGAAGAAAGACGUCCUCCAUACAGGUGGUUUGUCAUGGGGCCGAGUCGCUCUGGCACCGGCAUCCACAUUGACCCUCUGGGAACAAGUGCAUGGAACUCCCUGGUCCGAGGUCACAAAAGAUGGUGCUUGUUUCCUACUGAUACUCCAAAGGACUUGAUUCGGGUAUCUAAUGCUGAAGGAGGGAAGCAAGUUGGUGAAGCCGUCACAUGGUUCCACAUAGUGUAUCCUCGCACCCAACACCCCACGUGGCCUGAGAAGUACCGGCCGAUUGAGCUGAUCCAGAAUCCUGGAGAGACAGUGUUUGUGCCUGGUGGGUGGUGGCAUGUGGUCAUCAACCUGGACGACACCAUUGCCAUCACUCAAAACUUCUGCUCAGUCACCAACUUCCCAAUAGUUUGGCACAAGACUGUACGAGGCCGUCCAAAGUUGUCCAAGAAGUGGCUUAGAAUAUUAAAGGAGAAGAGACCAGAUCUUGCAACUGUAGCUGAAAAUACAGACACUACCAAGUGCUGUGGCAUGGCUUCAGACUCAUCUUCUGAUUCUUCUUCAUCCUCAUCCUCUUCAUCCUCUGAUGAAUCAUCCUCAACAGAAAGUACCUUAGAUAGUGGUCAGGAGAGUUUACCAGAGCACAAGAAGAAAAGGAGGAAGAAGCAUCAUUCUCCACAGCCUUCUUGAAGAAAGUCUCUUCUAGGUUCUAUUGAAGGUAGUUAGUAGAUUGGGUUACCAUCAGGUGCAGUAAAAUAUAAUAGGAAAAGACCACUUUUAAUGAAAAGUUAUAUUUUGCUAGCCCUGUAAAAAUAAAAUAAAUUUUGGGGUGACUGUUGAAAAUUAUGGUUAAGUUUUCAGCUUUAAUAUUAGGUCUAGUUUGUACAUUGGUCCCAAAAGCAUAUGAUUAUAUAGUUACAAAUAUAAUUUUUACAUAACUUCAUUGAUUCUUCAGAACAGUACAGUGUAUUUUUUUAGAGUUCUGAGAGAUUACAGUUUACACAUGCUUACCUUGUAUUACAAAAAAAAGUAAGCACAACUUGAUUAUUUUAUACAUCACAGCUGCUGUUCUGAAAAAAAAUAAUGGCAGUGUAAACUCAGCUUAUGCACAUAUUCUUGGCCUGCAUUGCUCAUAUCCUUAUCCCAGCUUCUUUGUUUACUCACACCUUGACUUGUUUUAUAACAAAUUUUGAAAUAUAUGGAAAUCUCUUUUUCAUGUGUAAUGCUCACACUCUUGCUUAUUUUAUAACAAACUUAGAAUGAAUUAAUAAAUAAACCAAUACAUAAAUAUACAAAAACAGACUUUAUAGUACUUUAAUCUCUGCUCAGUGAGUCAUUCAAAGGUUGCAGAGUUAUAUACUCUACAGAUAUUUUAACACAUUGCAUUUUAUCAUGUUUGUAUUACUGAACUAAAAUGUUUAUAAUGCUAAAAUAAUCAUAUAAGAUGACUUAACACUGUAUUAACAGUACAUGUAAGUACCAUAUUCAGGCAUAUUUUUGGCAACAGGGUGAUCUCAAGGCUCAAAGGAUCCCACAUUUUGAGGGUUCAUGCAUUAUGACUAGUUUUCCCCUUUGACAUUUGGGUCACUCCAUUUUAUCAAGACAUUCUUCCUUUACUUUAAUAAAAGACAAAGCAUUAAUAGCCUGUAGUCCCCAUUAUUAAUCUCUCAACCAUUACAUAACAUGUAGCCUAAAUUUUGCACACUCCAACUCCAUGUACGUUUAACUCUGUUGUGAAUUUUCAGAAAGCUUUGUGUGUUUUAUGUCUGUCACAAUUAUUUACCUUGAUACAUUUUGACUGUAUAGAUAAGGCCAAAUAUGUGAUCCUGAUUCCUAUAUUAUGAUACCUACUGGUGAUGUAAGUAGUAUUUACAGUACUUUUAAAAAUAUUUAGGAAUAUAAGAAAUUGUAUACUAUUAGUGUGCAUUCAGAAAGGAACGGUGCCUUAGUUUUUUACAACCUACACCAUUAUUAAGUCCUACAGACUGCUGUAAGUGAGCUUUAUGUUCAUCAACAGUGGACAAUGACAAACACAUUUUCUUCGGUAGCCUUUUAGUUAUUUCCAUAUUCAAGAGCAAUUUGUUGCCACAAAUAUUAAGUGCAGUGGGCAUUUGUAAACCAUUACACAAUGCAUUGGUUAGCAACUAAAAUAUGUUACUUUUUGUUACUCUUACACUGAUGAUGAAAGAAAUGGCGAUCAAUUGAUAAGAGGUUUCCAUCAUAAACACAGGAGCUAAAACUUAUCCUAAAAUUAUUCAGUCCUCAUGAAUAUGUAUGAUGUUUGCUUGUGGAAAGGCUGACUCAUACAUGGGUAUACUAACUGGGAUCUCGGCUAUAAUUUAUUUCUGCCUUACAACCUCUGGUGCCUCUAGGUCCAUCUCAAAAACAUUUUUAAUAGUUGUGGCAUCUUCCUUGUGAAUAUCCUCAACAGAAUCUGAGCAGAUAUAAAUAUUCACCAGGUAGUCAGGAAUGCUGAUUGUCACCUGUGGAUAAUCUUAAAGAUUUCACAAUUUUUGAUAGGUCUAGAUGUACCAGUUGAGAAUCCAGGUGGCAGUGUCAGUACUGUAGUAAUGGAGCUGCAGGUGGUGGCAGUAUCAGUACUGUAGUAAUGGGGCUGCAGCUGCUGACAAGCAGAAGUACAGCAGGAGUACCAGUCAGGAAGUGUAUUAGAAGCAUGUCAGCAUCACUACACAGCCAAACUGUUGAAGAGAAUGUGCAUAUUUUCAGGAUGGGUCUUAUUUUACUUAGAAUUUUGUGUAAUUGUUAGAGAUAAGUUUCUAAGGAAAGCAAUUAAAUCAGUUACUAUGAUACUGGUAUUUUUUGCGUUAAUUAUCUAUCAUGGUGUAACAUAUAUAUACCUUAUUCAAAAAAUAUCAGCAUACAUUGCUUCAUUCAGUGAACCUAGUGUAUAUACAAGUAUGUUUGAGUUUAGACACUUGUUUAAAAUUUCAUACUGAAGGCAUUUUUUCAUUACCUAUUGUACAUAUAUGCUUGUUACCAGGGAAAAUUAACAAACUCAUUGCUUGAAGAAAGGUGCACUAUGAUGUGCUGCAAUCCUGUAUUUUUGUUUAUUUUGUAAGCAGAAUUUUGCACUGAAAAAUUUGUGUAGCAACACUGAUAAUACUUAGAAGAAUCUAAAUAAGUGGUGCAGAACAUAUGUAAUGUUGCAGUAAGUGUCCACCCAAAGAAAAGCCAAAUUUCUGGAAUCCCACUCUUGUGAGACUGUUUUUACAUCAGUGUUCCUCAACUAAGGUUGAUAUCUCUUCUUUGGUAGACAUAAGUGAGGUUCAGGCAAAGUUUGGCACCCGGUAUUCUGAGUUGUAUUUGCUACCACCCAAGCUGCAUUUCUUUCUUUGGCUUCUGUCUUCCCCCCGCUAUUCUCCAAUAAUAUUGCCACAUCCUCCACUUGACUUAACCCUUUGUUUAGAACCUUUAGUUUCUAUAUUCUUAAUUACCCUUUCAUACAUCAGUCACUCUUGUUACUUGUCAAAGUACAACAUGACUUUUGAUGUCUAGCACUUCUUGACUAUUUCACUAACCUUGAAGUCUCUUAAAUCAUCGGUCAUUCUGGUGACCACCUGGAGGCCCAUGUAGAUUUAAGCAAUUUUUCCUUUGUCAUUAUUUUCCAUUUUAUUUACUUUUUAUAAUACCUACAUUAACUUGUAGUAGGAUAUUAGCUGAAGACUGAUGCACCACAUAAUUCUUUGUUAACAAUUAUCUUGGACAUGAUCUAAUUCCUAUGUGCUGAUCCUAUCAACUAACAAACCCAAGUGCUGUGGAUUUGAUGUACAUCUGCUCUAAUAUUUGGUGUAUUUAUGUUUAAGUUGAGCAUUUUUGCAUGGAAGGUAGUAUAUAUAUAUAUAUAUACACUUGUGCAAGGCAAGUUUUGACAUUUGAUACAGGGUGUAUAUUUGUGGAUGACACUGAUCUGAAAAAUGUUUUAGAUAUGACUGAGGACUUUACACCAUUAAAAUGAUUGAAUGAAGAAA